CCUCCACCUGCUCAUCAAACAGAAAUACAAAUCUGUUAGUGUUGAAACAUUUGGACCUGUAGUGGAGAUAUGAAGCUGUCCCACCUUCAGAUCCUGAUCACGUGGGUUGGAAGCCUUUUUGUUGGGUCGGUUGUGAGCUCAUCGGAUGAGACGCGGCUGGUGAAGAAGCUGUUCACUGGGUACAAUAAGGUAGUGCGUCCUGUAAACCACUUCAGUGAUGCAGUGGUGGUGACUGUGGGCCUGCAGCUUAUCCAGCUCAUCAGCGUGGAUGAAGUCAACCAGAUCGUGACCAGCAAUGUCCGGCUCCGGCAGCAAUGGAUAGAUGUGAAUCUGCAGUGGAAUCCUGAUGAUUACGGAGGAAUAAAGAAGAUCCGCGUGCCAUCCACCGACAUCUGGAAACCAGACCUGGUGCUUUACAACAAUGCUGAUGGGGACUUUGCUAUCAUCCAUGAGACCAAAGUCUUGCUGGAGCAUAAUGGGAUGAUCACAUGGAACCCUCCAGCCAUCUUUAAGAGCUAUUGUGAGAUUAUUGUGCUCCACUUCCCCUUUGACCUUCAGAACUGUAGCAUGAAGCUGGGCACAUGGACCUAUGAUGGCCGACUGGUCAUUAUCAACCCGGAUAGUGACCGUCCGGACUUGAGUAACUUCAUGGAGUCUGGAGAGUGGGUGCUGCAGGAUUAUCGCAGCUGGAAGCACUGGGUGUUCUACACAUGUUGCCCGGAUACGCCCUACCUUGACAUCACUUACCACUUCCUCAUGUUGCGUCUGCCUCUUUACUUUGUCGUGAACGUCAUCAUCCCCUGUAUGCUCUUCUCCUUUCUCACUGGUCUGGUCUUCUAUCUGCCUACUGACUCCGGAGAGAAGAUGACCCUGUCCAUCUCUGUCCUUUUGUCCCUCACUGUUUUCCUGCUGGUCAUUGUGGAACUCAUCCCGUCCACCUCCAGCGCUGUGCCCCUCAUUGGGAAAUACAUGCUCUUCACUAUGGUCUUCGUCAUUGCCUCCAUUAUCAUCACCGUCAUCGUCAUCAACACUCACCACCGCUCCCCCAGCACCCACACCAUGCCCAACUGGAUUCGCAAGGUGUUCAUUGAAACCCUCCCAAACCUGAUGUUCUUCUCCACCAUGAAACGUCCCAGUCAAGAGAUCCGGCAAAAGAGGCUGUUCCCAACUGACAUGGACAUAUCAGACAUAUCAGGUAACCCCACUCCCACCAGCAUCACUUACCAGUCUCCAAUCACAAAGAACCCUGACGUCCGUAGUGCCAUCGAGGGAGUCAAAUACAUUGCUGAGACCAUGAAGUCCGAUGAGGAGUCCAAUAAUGCUGCUGAGGAGUGGAAGUUUGUUGCCAUGGUUCUGGACCACAUCCUGCUGUGUGUGUUCAUGGCUGUGUGUAUCAUAGGAACAAUAGCGGUGUUUGCUGGGAGACUAAUUGAGCUCCAGAUGCAGCGUGUCCCCUGA